AACGACAACAUUACCUUCAAUACGCAUCAAUCUUGAGAAGCAUCUCUAUUCCCAGAUAAGCACAGAAGGAAAUACAGUCGACAUAUCAGCGAACAACAAAUGACAGUUCUUGAUACAGCAAGUGUCACCAGCUUGCCCGAACAUGCAUAUUAUAUCCCAAACUUCAUAACAGCUGAUGAGGAGGAGCACAUUUUGAAACAGAUGAAUUCCGUUCCUCUUCCAAGAUGGACUCAACUCUCUCAUCGAAGACUACAGACCUGGCCAUCUGCAUUGACUAAAUUAAAUGCACUCCUAGCAGCACCUUUACCUGAAUGGUUACAUGACCCUAUCAUCAGUCCCAGACUCGAACAGCUCGGCUGUUUCUCAGAUGCACCUCACAAGGCCCCAAACCAUGUGCUGAUAAACGAAUACUGUGCCGGACAGGGAAUCAUGCCACAUGAAGAUGGACCCGCAUACUACCCGCUUGUGGCGACGGUCAGUCUAGCAGCUCCGAUAGUUCUGGAUCUUUACGAGAAGAAAAUGGGAAGGGAAAGUGUUGGUGUUGGUGCCGGCCAAGAGGGUAUGGGGCCCAAGUAUCGAGUUUUGCAAGAACCUCGGAGCUUGUUGAUCACAACUGGUAGUCUAUAUACUCAGUACCUGCAUGGAAUUGCAGAGACGCUGAGGGAUGACAAACUGACACCAGAGUCCAUAUGUAAUUGGGACCUCCUCGGAGACCCGCAGAACUACGCAACAGGGACUUACGAGAGAAAGACUCGAAUCAGUCUCACCUACCGCGAUGUACUCAAGGUAGCGAAGUUGGGAAAUUCAAUCAAAUUCCUGAAUCGAGGAAAAUGA